CAUGUGUGCUCGGUCUCUGGUCGCGCGGCGUACACGCAAACCGACGACACGCCCAGGUUUGUACGGCAUGGACCAUUUUCCAAUUCACCUCGUUCAACGAUGAAGACCUGCGCUUUGUUCACUGCCGCCCUUGUGGCUACGGCCGCCGCCCAAGACGCCGCCGCGUCCAAGAAGUGCGCCGAAGCGGUCACGACGGUCCUCGCGUUGGGCGCCCUCGACCCUGGUGCUUUGACGUGCUCCAAGGACUCUGGCGUUAGCACGGACCCCACAUCGACCCCAACUGAAGCCGACCUGACCAAGAUGCUCGCGACCAAGUCGUGCACGACGUGGUGGGAUGGCGUCGUGGAAAAGGUGAAGGCGAUCUCCCCUCCGUGCGAUUUCCCCACCGGCGCGACCAGUACCAUCAACACCGCCAAGUUCAACUGGACGUUGAAGGACCUGUACGCGUUCGCCAAGUCUGCCGCCGCCGGCGAACCCACUACCACCAAGCCUUCCGGCGGUGCCACCCCCAAACCCGGCAACGGCACGUCCACCACCGGCAAGCCGGACACGAUCACGACGACCACCAAGCCCACCGGCACCACGACCGCCCCCUCGUCGACGCCCGUUCCCUCGAGCGCCGUCGCCGGGACUGUGAGCGUCCUUGCCUUGACUGUCGCGUCCUUGUUUAUGUAAUUUUCAUAUAUCAUGAACCAUCGCUAUUGCGCCAACCUGACGCUUGAAAACCGC